GGUGUUUUUCCGUGUUUGUAAGUUGUGUGUGCGAUGCGAGCAAUGAUGCGAAUAUGCGUGGAGGGAAAGAGGAAGAUUCUUGAGUAAAGAGCAUCUUCUUCUCUCUUAUUCUGUUCCCUUUUCUGUUUUUUUCUGUUUCCUCUCUCAAUUUUCAAAAGGCUUCGUCCUUUUAUCAACUGAAAAUCAACAUCUACUUUCAUAUCUUCCUUACUCAUUCUUCUCCUAUAUAUACAUAUUCCUGCAUUGCUAUUUUCUUCUCAGCUUUUUCCCUCAGCAUUACUGGCUAGCACACAGCACUCUCCAUCCAACUGGUGCCAGCAGUUUCUUGCUGGUACUCAAGUUGACCUUCAUUUCGGGUGGGCAAGCACAUGAGUCAAAAGAGUUCACUGAAUCGCAGUAGAGCCCUUGAGGGUGUCCAUGGGGUCCAUCUGGCUCCUCAUUCACCAUUUGCUCUGACAGAAACUAAUCAAAGUGGGGACCUUCACCCAUCAACAUGUAGAACUUCAACUACCGAAGAAAAUCGGCUGCUGUUAAUGCAACGAGUAUGGCAACAAAGACCAGCAUGCUUGAGAUCCAUCCAUUGUACUAGUUGUCAUGGUGAUCAGCAUGUUGCUGAAACAGUUGCUAAUGUGCUUACUUCAAUUCCUUUUAUAGCUCUUGGAUUACAUGCCCCCAGGAAGAAUCUCAGUUCGAAGUUGUAUGCUAAUUCAUUAAUUGGAGUUGGAGUGGCCUCAAGCAUGUACCAUUCUUCGAGAGGGAAGUUGAGGAAAUUUUUGAGAUGGGUUGACUAUGCAAUGAUAGCCACAACAUCUGUGUGUCUGUCAAGGGCCCUCAGAAGUGAGAACCCAAAGUUACUGAUGGCAGCAUCUGCAGCAUUUCUUCCAGUUAAUCCUUUGAUGGUUUCAGUUAUUCACACUGGGAUGAUGGAGGUAGCAUUUGCUAAAAGGGCAUUGAAAGAUCCAGACUUGAGGAUGGCUCACACAGUGCAUAAGAUGUCGACAUUAAUGGGUGGUAUGCUUUUUAUUGCCGAUGAUUUAUUUCCUCAAACUCCAUACCUUCAUGCUGCAUGGCAUCUUGCUGCUGCUGUUGGUGUAGGCACCUGCAAUAAGCUUCUUGAGUAGGUGUGCAUACUCUAUUCGAAAGCUGGAAAGCAUGCAUUCUGCUGAGCGAAGAAUAUUAUCAACAUAACUUGCCGACUUUACCUUAUAAUCAGUAAUAGUUAAGAUUAUGAAGUAGUACAUUAUCCUCUUGGAUUAGGUUUGUGUUGUAAAUAAGUUCAAUCCAAACUAGGUUCCCCAUUAUUUUUUACCUUCUCCAAUUCUAGUUGUAUUGUCAUUAGUUAAAUUCAUUGGAGAAAGGGAUUUGUGCUGCAAAAAACUGGCAAAUUAUCUUGUUUGAUGAACAUGCAGUUAUAAAACUUCUUUAAUUAUAAUUUGUAUCUGAACUUGUAUGUUGGGAUAUUGUUUCUA